GGAAUUGACCUGCGCCUCCUUCCUCCACCUGGGACAGGUGAGCCCAACCUCUCCGGCUUCCUUUGCAGGUUCCAGCGCGGCUUCUCUGUACCCCGUCCUCAACUUCCUCCUCUACAUCCCUGAGCGGCUGCACUCGCCCCUCUACAUUCGCGGGAAGGACGGGGCCCCCGUGCCCACCAACGCCUUCCACAGCCCCCGCUGGGGCGGGAUCAUGGUCUACAACAUUGAGCCCGAAGGCGCCAACAAGACCUCCCUGCCCAGGACGGUGGAGGUGGACAUGGUGCGCACGAUGGAGGUCUUCCUGGCCCAGCUGCG